AUGACACUAGCACCACUUUUGAGAAAAUUGGAAGCAAGAGAACUGUUGAACCAAUGGAUUGUGAUCCACCAACGAAACAACACUGCUAUACCACCAAAGAGAUGCAAACCUUCAAUUCUAUUUUUAUCUGAAACAAGAUUGAAUGAGCGUAACAGCAUAAGUAUUGGAAAUUCUUUGAAUUUCAGGCACUACAUUUAUGUUGCUGCCAUUCGUAGAAGUGGAGGUCUUGCACGGCUAUGGGUGAGGAGCAGCAGUUUGCUGCUGAGGAGAUCUCUUAAAUUGAAGGUCAUACCUGAAAAGGUAUGGGGUUGUGGGUCUUCCUUAAGAGUGUUGGAUAUAAGUAGAAAUUCUAUUCAUGAAAUUCCUUCUCAGAUUGGUUCUUUAAACUCAAUCCAGGUAUACGCUUUAGUAUAUACUAUUGGUUUUAUUCGAUUUGAAGGGGAUUGUAAUUUUAUUAUGUUUGUAAUUUUUAGUGCUAUAUGUAUCUUGUGAAGUUUAACUUCAUUACCGUCUUGAUUGGGUGGUUUGGUCUCUCUAACGCAACUUCAUGUUGCAAACAACAAGCUGACUAAUUUUCCAGUUGAAAUUGGACUUCUAACUCGUCUGGAAAUCUUGAAAGUAAAUAACAACAGGAUAAGCUCAGUUCCGUCGAAUAUAGGGAAUUGUGUCUCCCUUGUCGAGGUUGAUCUUGCAUCAAAUCUCUUGGUAGACUUGCAUGACACAGUUGGGAGUUUACGGAAUCUUGAGGCUCUGCAUCUGAGUAAUAAUGGCCUCAAAUCCUUUCCUUCGAUGCUAUUCAAACUGUGCACCCAACUCUCGACUCUUGAUCUUCAUAAUACAGAAAUCACAAGUGAUAUUCUCAAUCAGUUUGAAGGGUGGGAAAGUUUUGAUGAGCGUCAUAGAUUAAAGCAUCAGAAGCAACUGGAUUUUAGAGUUGGAAGUUCUGGUGUGUUUGAUGAAUGUGCUGAUAAAGAUUAA